AUAUAAAUAUUUUUUAUGAUCUAAUUAAAAAAGUAACAAAUAACAUAUUUAAUAGAAAAAUGGAAGUUCUUGAAUUAAAAGAUGUAAAACCAGUACCUGAUAUUAUUCAUCUUUAUCCAAAUAGAGUAAAAUCCGAAGCAACACCGCUUGUAAUUGAUAAUGGAUCGUACAAUUGUAGAGUUGGUUGGGCUACUGAGAAAGAACCUCAAUUAGUAUUUAAAAAUCUUAUCGCUAAACCACGCAAAGAACGUGGUAAAAAGGAUGGUGAACCUCAGGUUGGAAAUGAUAUAACUAAUAUUGAAGCUGUUAGAUUUCAAUUAAAAACACAAUUUGAUCGAAAUGUGGUUACACAUUUUGAAGCUCAAGAACAGAUAUUUGAUUAUACUUUUACUCAUAUGGGAAUAGAUACGGAAGGUGCAGUGAAUCAUCCUAUAAUUUUAACAGAAGCAUUUCUUAAUCCUAAUUAUUCAAGAAAUUUGAUGGCGGAACUUUUAUUUGAAUGUUAUAAUGUACCUGCAAUAGCUUAUGGAGUGGAUUGCUUAUUUUCUUAUCAACAUAAUAAUUGUCCGUCUGAUGGUUUAAUAAUUAGUAUUGGAUAUCAUACUACACAUAUAAUACCUAUAUUAGAUGGUAAAGCAGACCCUGUAAAUUCAAGAAGAAUCAAUGUUGGUGGAUAUCACAUUACAUCUUAUAUGCAUAGAUUGCUUCAACUUAAAUAUCCUGUUCAUGUUAAUGCUAUAACACCUAGUCGAGCAGAGGAGUUAAUACAUGAACAUUCAAUGAUAGCUUUAAACUAUCAAGAAGAAACGUCUAAGUGGGCAGAUCCAGAUUAUUAUGAUAUGAACGUAUUAAGAGUACAGUUACCCUAUGUUGCUCCUGCAAAUGCACCUGGUUUAACAGUUGAACAGCAAAAAGAAAGAAAACGGGAAUUAGCUAGAAGAUUAAUGGAAAUCAAUGCUAGAAAAAGAGAAGAAAGAUUAGCAGAAGAUGAAGAACAAUUAAAUCAAUUAUUAGCCGUUCAAGAUUUAUUAGAAGAAGGUGAAACAGAUGAAUUCGAUCAAGCAUUAAAAACUUAUUCUCUCGCAAACGAAGCAGAUUUAAUAAAAAUGAUUAAUAAUUUGCAAGCAAAAGUGGAAAGAACUAGGCAAAAAAUAGUAGCGGCUAAUUCACAGGAGGAAAACAUCGCAAUGGAAGAACAAAAACCAAAAAUAAAAUCGAGUCUACAACCUAAAGAUCAACAAGAUUUUGACGAAUGGAUCGCUAGUGUACGAAAGAAAAGGCAAGAAAUAUUAGAAAGACGAAUGGCUAAAAGACAACGUAGACAAGAUAUGGCAAAACGUAGAACAGCAGCCGCACAGGAAAGAAUGCGCAUAAUAAGUCAAUUAGCAAGAAAAGAAAAACGCGAUGAUGAUUUUGGUAUGAGAGACGAAGAUUGGGAUGUUUAUAAAGUUAUAAAUAGGGAAGGUGGAGACUCGGAUUCAGAAGUAGAACAAGAAAAACUUAUGGAAUUGGAAGAUGUGUUACGACAUCAUGAUCCAGAAUUUGACGGUGCUGGAUCUAAUGUCCCUAUGGUUCCGGGAGAAACUCAUCAAUUACAUGUGGGAGUGGAACGUUUGAGAGCACCAGAAAUAUUAUUUCAACCAUCUAUGAUAGGUUCCGUAGAAGCAGGCAUUGCAGAAACAAUCGAAUUCGUUUUGAAGCUUUAUCCAUCCGAACAGCAAUCGCGACUCGUAGGAAAUAUAUUUCUUACUGGAGGUCCAACGAAAUUUCCUGGUUUACUUGAAAGAUUGAAUCGAGAACUUCGUGAAAUGCGACCAUUUGGAUCAAAUUUUCAAAUAAAUAUCGCAAAAAAUACCAGCAUAGACGCAUGGUAUGGCGCAAGGGAUUUUGGUCUAAAUGGAAAUCUUCCUGAAUUUUUAGUAAGCAAAAAAGAAUACGAAGAAAAAGGUGGUGAAUAUUUUAAGGAACAUUCGACCAGUAAUACUUACACUCGAUCUCCUGAUCCUUUACCUACGGUACAGACUCCUGUAACAUCAGAGCAAGUGAUAGUAGAAGAUGCUGUUGUAGACGUUGAAAUGGAAUAAAAAAAAAAAAAAACAGUUUUAUAUUAAUUAUUAUAGAAUAAAAUUUAUUUAAACGUAAGAUUCGUGGUCGAUCGUUUUUUCUUUCUUUUCUUUUUGGAAAGUGAGAAGAAUAAAGAAUACGAUGUUUUUUUGUUGUAUGGAUAUCUACUUUAUUACACAAGUGUUUCCGUUUGUUCAUUCAAUCACGAACAAACUACAUUGUAGUCUGUUUGCUGAUCACAAUGUACAGUUCCAAUCAAUCAUCGCCAUUUCAUCGUCAUUCAAUAUAAUUAUGCGGGUACAUUCUGGCUUUUUUUUUUUUUUAUUUAUCGAGAAUAAUCGACAUUCGCUUAUUUCUUAGCGUUCGUCGAAUAAGCUAAAAAAUUGAGAAAGUGAUCCGUCAUCUCAGCAAUAGGAUUUACUACAGCGACCUCGAAAAAUUCUCCGACAUCUUUAUUCAUAGCUUAAGUUAACAUCACAAUACAAUUAUUAUAUAUAUAUAUAUAUUGAAAAAAUAUUACGAAGCCCUAUAGGCAAUUAUAUUACAGCUAAUUAUAAGUGAUUCUUUUGUGUUUCUAAUAAAGGAACAUACCGUAUGUAAACUUAUGUUCGUUUCGAACUUUUCACACGUUAGACACAAGUUAACAUAAGUUAACAUAAGAAAAGGAGAAACGAUUGGAUUAGUUUUUUCUUAACUCAAAAAAAAAAAAAAAAAAAAAAUCAUGAUCACAAACGCACAGCGUUUGUUACAUGUAUACAUAUGUUUAAAGCACUCAAUGAUACAUUUGUUACAUUUUUAUUUUUACGUACUCUGUGGCUACACUUUCGUCUCUUAUCACAUACAAUUAUAGAUAAAUUUCAAAGUAUAUCUUAUUGUAUAACGUAUAAAUAAAUAAUAUUUUGUUUGAAUUUUUGUUAAGAGAACGCAACGAAUCAGUGAAUUUUUUUAAGGCAAAAUUUUAUGUUAAAAAUAAUAUAUAUUGUACUAUAUUUAGCAUAAAAUAUUACAAAAAUGGAAUUUAUAAAAAAUGACUUGACUAUUAUCGAUUGAAACUGCACGCAGCAUUUUAUCAAAUUAUCCGUUUUUUUUUCUCUUUUCCUGUUUCUUUUUCUCGCAAUUAACAAUAUCUUUGUGUUUAUAAUGAGCUCGAUUCUAGGCACAAAGGAGUCUUCCUACAACAAAAGUCCAAUCGCAACGUGUACAAACAUAUUUCGACCCAUCGAAACUAUAACUGAUCGAUGUUCUCUAUGUAUUUCACAUAAUACACCGGAUACUUAAUUUAAAUAAUAUCCUUUGUAACUAUCACAGGCUGAGGUCGCUGCAGUUUUAUUAACAAUACUUGUUACUUAAUAAAAAUAAUAAUUAAUAAUGAAAAGCAUUUUGAUCCGAUUGGUGAAUUCUUCAAUAUGUCUAAUAAAUAGUGGAAGAAUAGAAAAAAAGUGCACGAAGAAUGUGACAUAAUAAUUUUCUCAUUUUUCAUUUUUCUUCGUUUUCUCGGUUUUCAUACUUUCUUCGUCGUUCAAUGGUAGUAUCAAUAAAAGUGAGGUAGAAUUCCAAUCUGUGAAGAAAGUGAAAAUACAAUUUUUCUAUCUUCCUUAGCUAAGAGUGAGGAUCUACUUUCGCAAAUGAUAAUAUCGUACGCUAAUUAAAAUUACACGCGGCCUUGACAUAUUCUUAUCGCGAUAAUCAUAUAAAGUAGCGAUGAUAAUAAUAAUAAUAAUAAGAAUAAUAAUAAUAAUAAUAAUAAUAUUAAUAUUAAUAAUAAUUACAAUUGUUUACGAUAAAAUAAUUAUAAUAAUAAUAAUAAUAAUAAUAAUAAAGACAAUAAUAUUUCAAAAUAAUCAUUAGUACAACAAUGAUUAAUGUUUUGCAAUAUAAUGGCUUUAUGUAUUUAUAUAUAUAUAGAGAUUUAUUUAUAUAUUUAUAUAUUUAUAUAGUUGCAUGGUGGGGCAGAGGGUAAGUGACAGCUAUGUACAGUACAUACUUGCCUUAGUUGUACCAUCGUUACGUUUAUACGUAUUUAUAUUCUCGAUAAUCAUAAUCGUAAUGAUACGAUAAUAAUCAAGAACCGUAAUAAACAAUAAUAAUCUGUGACAAUCAAUAAUAAUAAUUAAUAAUAAUAAUGAUAUUAUCGUCAUUUUUAUUCAUAAAAUACCCUAUACUCUCGUGUAGUAAUCGUGUGGUGGUAUCAUAAUAAGAACUAGUAUGCAGUAUGUACGUAAAGAGGAUGUGUUCAACCAGGAUAUGUCGGUGAAAACUAUGGUGUAUCAAGCGUCAACUCUUUUUUCUUCUUUAUAUUUAUAUUAUCUAAUAUAUGUGAUAUAUAUAUCAUAUAUAUAUAUCAUUCACUAUCAUUUAUCGCUUUAUUUCGUUUUUAUUUCUCAAAACUACUAUUACAAAAGUGCGUACUCUCGUCUUAUAUUUUAUAGGUACAUACAUGUAUCGGCGUAACCUAUCUACUUGUUCAUUGUCCUUUAUAUUAGAUGUAGCUUUAAUAUUAUUCUCUUCGAUUAGACAAGAUGCGGCAAAAGUAGUGGUGCUACUAGAAAUUAAAUCAUAUUCUCUGUGUAAAAAUAAACAAUAUCAUGGAACAAAUUUGUGUUUCGUGUUACGAACUUUACAUAAUUCGAAGAAAUCAUAAUAUCAUAAAAUAUAUGCCUUUUUUAAUAAAUAAUCGAUUUCUUUCGAAUAUCAAAAUAUUUUUUUGAUAUUCAAUUGUUUCGUCAUUCAUUUAAA